AUGCCGGAUUAGGGUAACAAUAUACGAUAUUAUGUGAGAUGGAAAAAAAAUCGGUGUACUAAAGGGCAAUAAUUUCCUCAUCAACUAUAUAUAAAAGCAAACAAAAUGGGAUAGGAAAUGAUCAAUACAAAAAAAUAUAUUCAUAACAUGAGCCAGCGUGUAGUAAAAUGAGCCAAUCACAGGCCAGUUCGAACAGAAGGGUGACUAGCGAAUAGUCCAUGCAAAUAAACACAAGAUCGACGAGUGAGCAACGGAAAAUAUCAAGGGGCUAAAUAGAAAAUAAUGCACAACACAAGAAGUUUAUGAGAAUUAUCAGCCCUUCCUCACGAAGGGGGGUGACGUCACCAAGAAAAGUAGUGACGUCACGAAAGAAAGAGUGACGUCACGGUGAAGAGUGGAUGAGUCACGGAGAGGAGAAACAUCAUAAGGGAAGAAAAUGGGCGGAGCAUUGGCAGGCGAGACCCAGGUGACGGAGGAUGAGAAGGCGCAAGCAAAAGAAUCACGCGAGUUCUCCAUUCCCAAGAAAUACGAGCCAUCCGAGCAGAGGCGGUCCUCGUCAGUCGUCUCGUCAAACAUCGGAGCCAUCGACACAACCGCCUACACUCAGUGUAACGAGCUCGCCAUCGCACUAGCACAGCCGCCCGAGCCUCCCCCUCUAGGGACGCUACUCUUCGAGGCGCGCUACCAAAAGUACGAAGAGCAACUGACAAUUCACCUGAUUGGUGCAAAGCGACUUCCGGUCAGACAUCACGUGAUCGAUGUCGGCGACUGCCCGCAUUAUGACGUCAUGCCAUGUGACCCUAAAGUGCUGGUUUGUCUCUUGCCGGAUGAGAAACCUGUGCUAGAGUCGUACGUAAAGCAAUCCACGUGGGACCCCAACUUCGAUGAGACGUUCGUUUUUAAACUGAAUACGAAUGAGGUGAAGGAGAAGACGCUGCGCUUUUCGGUGUACGACUGUACAAGGCUACAUAAGCUAUGCCCCAUCGGCCACACCCUUUUCUCUCUCAAGGGGCAAGACCUGGACGGGACGAUGGCCGUAGAGAGAGCGAUCAAGCCCCAAUGUCAGACGUACGGGCACAGUCGUGGUGAGAUUUCCUUGUCUCUUACGUACAACCCCGGUACCUCAAGGCUGGUGGUGGGUGUGCGACAAGCACGCAACAUACUACAAUUUGAAGGCCACGCCCAUAAAGAGUACUUUGUCAAGAUCAGUCGCAUCCAUCUAAACCGCAAAGUGAAGACCAAACGAACGCCAUCAACCGACGGCGAUGCAAGCCCCAUCUUUAAACACGACAUGUCAUUCAACAUUCCCACAGAACAGCUGAGUGACUCGUGCCUAGUCCUCUCGCUGAUGAACCAUGGGGUUGUGCGAGGCUCAACCACUAUUGGCCGUGUGGUCCUGGGGCCAUAUGUGUUUGGCAGUGGGAAUGAGAGGAGUCACUGGGGAAGAAUGAUCCGCUCGCCCUUAAACACUAUUGAACAAUGGCAUUCAUUGUAUUUAUAAAGCUGUGGACAUGGCCAAAAAAUGCUGGAAACCGAUUUGCUGAGGACUAUUGGGGUUUUGGCGGUAGCAGGGUUUUUUUUAGGGAGAAAUGGAAUUAUUUUCUAUUCUAUAUAUAACUUUUCUUCAUUGAGCCUGAGGCUAAAUUAUGAAUCUAUAUUUUCAAGGAUGUCAACAGUGCAGUUUUAAUAUGACACCUUUUUAGUACCAAACUGAUACAUACAUCACGGGGAAUAGACGAAAGAAUAUUAUUAAACUCAGUUAUCAAAUGA